AUGGCUCUGCUUUUAGGCGCGAUGGGGGUACUCGCCCUAGUGAGUCACACAGGUUGCACUGACAAUACGAACGGGCUGAGCGCCAACGGGGUGCCAGAGCUGGACUAUCCUGACGUGGAGUUGGGCCUCGCGCAGAGAGGGCCCCACUUUGACGUGGCCUACUCCAGAAACGUCACGGCUCUAGUGGGAAAGACGGCGCAGUUGAAUUGUCGAGUCCAUGACUUGGGGAACAGAACGGUGUCCUGGAUCAGACAUCGUGACAUUCAUCUUCUUACAUCUGGAAGGAUGACAUACACUUCAGACCAGAGAUUUAUUAGCGUACAUAAUCCUCACACUGAGGAUUGGAUAUUGAAGAUAAGGUUCCCGCAGCGGCGGGACUCCGGUAUCUACGAGUGCCAAGUGGGGACCACUCCCCCCAUCGGGCACCGCAUGUACCUCUCCGUUGUUGAACCCUUGACGACAAUAUUGGGUGGACCGGAGCUUUUCAUCAACAUGGGUAGCACCAUCAACUUGACGUGCGUAGUCCAGCACUCACCAGAACCUCCUCCUACCAUAAAAUGGACUCACAACGAUGAGGAAAUCAAUUACGACUCCCCACGGGGCGGGGUCUCUGUCAUCACGGAAAAGGGGGAGACGACCACCUCCCACCUCCUGGUCCAGAAGGCCAAGGCCCCGGACUCCGGACGGUACACGUGCGAACCGAAGAACGCCAACCCCAGGACUGUUCUAGUCCACGUGUUAAGUGGGGAACAUCCAGCGGCCAUGCAGCAUGGAGGUCAAUUGCGCUUGCAGUACCCUUUAUCGGCCGCGCUUCUUAGCGUCAUGGUUACUUUGAUGGGUUGC